UAAUUGUCUUGCAGGCUAGUGCACGAAAAGUGAGAAAACUUUCAGCGCUCGUGGUACUGUACGUAUAUCGUGAUAUUUUUAAUGGCGGAAGUACAGCUGAAGAAUAAUGUUUCUAUGCCGAUGUUGGGGUUGGGAAAGCGGGAUUCCGAGGGAGGAUCUGUUUCUGUCCACGAAGCUUUGGCCGACGGAUUAUGGAUUUCAGUCCGCAUUCAAUGCAUUUGCACUUUCCAGAGAGCGCCUAGGAACGGAGUAUAUCGCGUGCGCCACUUCCCUAGCAUCGAAGCCGGCAUUGUCGCGGGAUUAAUCACGAUUAUGGUGAAAGAUCAGGCCAUCGGGGACCAUUGGGUAGGCUGGUCGUCAGUUCAAGCCAACGUGCGCGGCUCCGAACAGUGCCAAUACGUCAAGGGCUCGGACCCAAGAGUGCGCCGUUGUCGCGCAACGACCCGCUCUGGGGGACAAAACUGGAAUAAUAAAUUCCAGAGAAUGAUGCGAGAAAAAAUUAGACGCCCUCUGUGGCGCCGUGGUUCGCAGUAA